AUGCGAAAGAAGGUCGUCCUUCACGCUCUUCCGACCGUCAUUGUUCCGUUUCGUUACUGGUACUCCGCCAUCGAUCGGAUUCAUGAUAACUAUGAGGAGCAAACCUUCAAGAACAUCCAAGGCUCCAGCCCGGGCAUCGCUGCACUCUCGGACCAGGUCCGAUGCCUCAAGGCCAUCGAACGCGGCAAUGGGAUUCCUGUCAUGUCAUGCAUCGGUGGUGUCCCCUUUCGCAUGGACCCAGUGCACGACACCUUUAAGGCCAUGGAUAUGCGUCUUCCUGCCCUUCGUGCCUCUGCGGCUUGGAACCCUCAGAAAGUCGAGGGUUAUCAUCGAUAUGCUCUCCCACUGGAGAAUAUCCUCAGCGUAUCACGCACAACUUACCUUCCACGAGGUCAAGCUCCUCCCGAUGACGAUGGGUCUGAUGUUGCAGGGCCAUCUACUGCCCCUGUAGCACCAGUGACCCCGACGUACUACAACAUCCAGUUGGAGAAAGAUAUGCCCAUCUUUUCUCGCCUCCCCAAGGUCAAGAAUGUCUCUCUUAUCGUCGAGAAUGUUGGUCGUGAAUGGCACAUCGAUGGUUUCCAGAUGUAUGGCCCUGACAUCGUCGGUCCCCGACUCCACGGGAAUAGCUGGGGUGCUCGUCGCGUCGGUGAACAUUCCACUGAAGCCGAGCAGUACUUCCGCAGCCGUGGCAUUCGUGCAGACGCCGGAAUUCUAUGGGACUUCCCCAACAAUUGGGACUACCUUAGUGCUCCUGAGGACCGCUCAACAUUCUCAACUGCAGACGCGCGAUUCUCUGCACCCAACAUCGGCUUCUACGGGUAUAGCCGAGGGAACAUCUCCCUCGGCGGAAACUGGGCCGGUUUCCGGUUCUGGGAUGCCAGUAAGACAGUUGAGUUUAGCCCCCUGUCUUGGCCGGAGGUAGAACCUCUCAUCGAAGAGUAUUAUUCGGUUGAAGAACGUGGCUACCAUACGAGUCACCCUGGGUUUGUCGCCCGUGUCUGGAUCAUUCGCUUGAACAAGGAUGUUGAGCAGACGGAGCAGCCUCACCACCACUGGAUUGAGGUCAAAGAGCCUGGCUUUGGCGAUCCGGAGUGGGUGGAGCAGAUUGCCGCGACGUGGAAGAUGACGCGCGACAUGCUUUCUCGUGUUCGUGGCGUUUCCAGCAUUGAACAGGACGAUGAGCGCAACGUUGCCAUUGGAAACUACUGUUUCCAAAUGGAGCCUGUCCUGUAG